AUUAUCAUCUUAUUUAAUGUGGACUUGCACAAAGUGUCCUGACAACAAUAGACACAGGGAGAACCAGAGGUGGAGUUUGUGCUGGGAGUUGCUGUUGUGACUUAUUUACAUACUUCAAUAAUGUCAUGCCCUCGUUCGCACCCCCCAUUUAACCAUUGGUAAAUUUGACCCAGAAUACAUUAACAUUUUUAUGGCCUUUUACACAACACCAACAACGCCAACAGCCUAACUGAAAACAACAUAUCAUUGAAACAAAGACCAUUUCUGAACAGCUCGGUGGAAGCGUGUUCAAUACUAUACUGCAGCCUGUUGGUCAUGUGGAGCAUAGCAGCCUAUGUUGACCAGCCUCACUACACAAGCAUAAAGGUUUCUAGGAAUCGUUGUAGUUUAUUUCUUAAGUAGAUACAACUUUCGUGGAUCAUUAUUCCUGUUUUAUGAUUUUCUUUUGCUCAUAUUUGAGCUCAGUCAAUUCUCAUUGUUUAUUCAUCUGUAAGAUUAUAUUUUUUCCAGACAUUUUAUCCUUUUUGUUAUUUUUAUAUAUAUAUAAACUUUUAAACUUUUGUUCCCAUAAACCUUACUCAUGUCUAACAUGCAAGUCAGUGAUUGGACCCUAGCUGACAUGUGACCCAUAGUCGUUCACUUAUUACCUGGAACCGCCAACUACUCCAUAGCUGGGUGUAAACCGUGAAGGUUACAGGUCGGAUGUCAGUCUUGGACUAAAAGCUGAACAAAUUUAAGAUUAAUUUAUUUCACUUAGUUUUGUUUUUCCUGUGGCAAUGAUGACAAAAAGGCAGUUGAUAUGGAAUUACUUAUUUUUGAUCAUCACAGUAUUGCCCUGCUGCUGGGGUAUGCAGGUUUCAAUUGAACAGAGGGAGUAUGAGGUCGCAAGUGGAGGUGAUAUUACUUUAACCUGUUCCUUCGUCCCAGCCAAACCAGAUAUCACAACACUUAUACUUAAAUGGGAUGUUGAUCCUGUCAACAUAGAUGAACCUUUGAAACCUGUGGCCACCUACUUCCUCAACAAUCCAGUUAACAUUGCACCAGGAUAUGAAGGCAGAGCUACUCUGGAGGUUGAUCUCAUCCAGCGUGUGAGCAAGCUCCAUCUGAAACAGGUUACAGUAAGUGACAGUCGCCGGUUCCAGUGCAGUGUCGUGAUAUUAGACGAUGAUGAGGGAACAACAGCUGCCUCCACCUCACUGUUGGUUCUGGUGCCUCCAUCUGUGCCACUCUGCAGGCUUCAGGGAAGAGCAGAAUACUGGCAGGACAUCAGUCUCACCUGUGUAUCUGAGGACGGAUCUCCAAAACCCACAUAUGUAUGGAAGAGCUACAGUGUUCAAAACAUCCCCAGAUCUUUUCCCCCUAAGACAACUGAAAAGGAUGGAGUUCUGUCUCUCUUCAACAUUUCACGGGAAACAUCUGGAUUUUUUGUUUGCACAUCGACAAAUCGAAUUGGUUCUAAUAAUUGCAACUUUACUUUGGCUGUGGUGCCAGGAGGCAUGAAUGAAGCCAACAUGGGAGCAAUCAUUGGGGGAGUAAUUGCUUGCGUGGUAGUUUUGGGGAUCAUCAUUUUUGUUUGCUGCCGAAGAAGGAAUAAAAAGGCUAAGUAUGCUGAGGGUGCUGCUGGACAAGUGCAGUUUUACGAGAAAGAUGCCCCCGAAGUUGAAGAGCAGCUUUCACAGAGCAUGACCAAGCAGGGAACGCAGAAUGAGAAUCAAGAUUCUCCAAAAUCUGGACACAAAUUUGAUGAUGACCAACAAAGUAACAGUAGCAGUAAAGAUAGGGUUGGUGGCAAAGGUGGUGAUACCAAUUCCCAACAUUACAGAGAUGAUCAGCGGGAUCAAUACCGCAGGAGCCGUGACCACCUAGACGAACAGCGGGAUCGUUAUGGUGGUAGUCGUGACAGGCUCGAUGAGCAAAGUGAUCGUUAUCACGGCAACAGAGUUGAGGAAAAACACAAUCAUUACAGAGGCAGCCGUGACAGACUUGAUGACCAACGGGAUAAUUACCGUAGCAGCCGAGACCGGCUUGAUGACCCUCGUGACAAUUACCGUGGCAGUCGCGAUAGACUAGACGAUCAACGCAAUUAUUAUCGUGGCAGCCGUGAUCAACUUGACGAUAAAAGCGAUCGUUACGGUGGUUAUCGUGACCCUUAUGAUGACCAGCGGGAUCGUUACAGAGGUAGCCGUGAUCGUCUUAACUACCGUGAUGAUGAAUAUAGAGACUAAAAGAGAUAACUUUGAGUUACUGGCGCCAUCUUUUUCUGAUGCACAUGAUUUUACAUACGUACUUUGUUCAAAAAGGCUAGUUAAAUGACCUAUUUCAUAUCAUGGCUUUGUUUUAUGUCUUUUCUUAAAUGAAGUUGUAAACAGCAAUACAAUGAUUUGGUUUACAUCCACUUUUUUUUAAACUUGGCUUUAGAAAAAAUCAAAAGUCAUUGUCUUAUAUUGUCUAAACUAGAGAUAGUGAAAGUCACGAGGACUUAAAACGCCAGUUUAUACCAAAUCAUUAUCAUUUUAGUAGUUUGAAUGGAAAUGUGUCUGGUUUGGACUAUUUCUGGUUAGUUAGCCAUAAUUGUCAUGCUUUAAAAUUGAGAUGAAAUGUGACUGACUCAAUCAAUGUAUUGUAUUUUAGACUUAAGACUGUUUGUACCAUAUCUAUUUUAUAUGGUCUGUUGCUCAAACAAAAUUAUUUCAAUAAAAGUGUAAUAAUUGUUGUAA